CUUGAGUUCCUCACUAGUCACCACUGCAAACCGAAAGUCAUCUCUAAAACAACAAAAUUUUAGAGAAAGCUCUCCACCAUGGCGGACGGAGGAAACAUGGAGAUCUCUCUCGACAAACUCCCAAUGAAACGCCUCAAUAUCAUUGAAGAAUCCGGCCUUGAACGUUUCCCUCCAGAACUCGAUUGCGAAGAAAAAACAGUAAAUCUAAUUCGAAGAAUUGACUUCGCUUGGGCCUUGGAGAGAGAUUCAAAGAAGCCGAAGAAGACGAAGGAAGCAUCUGCGGCCUCAACAUGGCAAGGGUUGAUCGAAAAUUUGCAAUUAGCUCAUCAAGAAUUAUCUGUUAUUAUUGAUCUCAUUAAUACUGUUGAAGCUAAUGAUGCUGUUGCAGUGGCUCACAUGAAUAGGCCAAAACCAUUGCCCAAUGAAGUCCUCUCUGACCUUGCUGUGUGUGCUGCAACUAAGCUUCAAAGUUACCGGCAUCUUAGCAAGUACUUUAAGCAGUCGGCCAAAUCCUUGGAACAUCAGAUUGCUAAGGAAGCAAGAUUUUAUGGUGCUCUCAUUCGUUUGCAGCAAAACUGGAAAGUCAAAUGGCAUCGUUUGGCUGCUAAUGCUCCUAGUAGCGAUGGUUUCUUGAUUGAUCUUUCUAACAAUACAAUGCAUGAACCUGUUGCUGCCCGAGCCCCUGCGUAUUCUUUGGUCCGUGUGGACCAUGAUUCAUCUGGCAUGUUGUCUGUGAAUUUGCCUAAAAGCUCUGGUCGAUCUUUCCGAUUUGGCUUUCUGCCUUCUCAUUCUAGUGAUGGUCCAGAAGGAUAUGAGAAAAUGAACUUAGAUACAGAUAAACAAUCUUUAAGUGAAGCUAAGAAGGAUUCGCAAAGUGAUGAUGAUCGUAUACGAGAAACACAUACAGUUCUUUGCAAUGUCCAUAGGGCAAUAUUUUAUGAACAGGUAUUUGAGUUAGUGAGCCGUGAAUCCUUCAACCCUUCUUUGGGUAUCAAUGUGACUGGAUUACGAGAAAACUAUUUGGAAAUGAGUAUAAAACCAGGAAUAUCAGUAUUCAUUUCAUUAGCGCCCUACAAUCAUGAAGAUCAGGGAAAUAACGGCAGUGGUGCUCAAAAUGUUGAAGAUUUAUUUAAUAGUUCAAGCAUAAUGGAAAUCGAGCAAGAUGUUUAUCUUAUACCUGGACACCCCAGUCACAUCACUUAUGAAAUAUAUCUGCAACAGCUUUUCCAUGAAGAAAUAUUUUCCAAGGUGAAGCACAAUCUGACAUUGCCUGGUAGGGUUCAGACUAAUCAUCAGCCAAAUGAUGCUGUGGGUCUUGUAAAUCAUUUCUGCCUUUCUCUGGCUCACCGAAUCUUUGCAGGGAAAGUUCUAAGGGAGCUGGAAAACCUGGCUACGAAGCUUCCCUAUCUCCAGCUAAUAUCACAACCUACUUGGCACUCACGUACUUCUUCUUGGGCGUUGUUUGUGAGACUUCCUGAAGCUAUACUAAAUGCAGAGUCUCGGGCAUGGAAAUCAGAUGAAGAUCAAAUUAAAUUUAACAAAUUACUAUUUCAGACUAGGGUGGUGGUGAAAGAUGAUUGCAUAUGCAUUGAAGGAGGAGGUGUCCCUAAUGUUGCUGGUUUGUUUGAAGGUAAUCCCCAGGCAAUGGGAUCCAAGAAUAGAUUCAAUUGUGACUUGGUAGAUCUCCCAACCGUGCUUCUGUUGCAGAUAGCUAGUAAGAUCAUUUGCUGGCUUCAUGAGGAGGCAUUGUUGGUGGGGAUAAAAACCAGCCAUGAUUUUCUUCGCCUUUCAUUUGAGCUUGAGCAAGUUGACACGCUGAGCUUGGUUGCGCAUGUUGAUCCGGAUGAUGAACAGGGAUGUAUCUCCUGGUGGCUGACGGUGAAGGACAGGUCUACUGAGGAGCGAAAACUUCAGUCAGAUCUAACAGACAGUGAGUUUUCAUCUAGGCGGUUUCUCGGCCAUUUGUCUUUGGAUACAUUGUACUCUGCAUUGAUGGAUCUUAUAAGUUUGUGUACUGGCACUGUGAACCAUUGAAUCUGGUUUUGUUUUUAUGUAUCAAUGAAUAUAAGUGUCUGGUAUCUUAGUUUGAGGAGCUCAGUGUCAAAGAUUUUGGCCAAUGAUAUCUCGACAGAUGAAUAUAAUUAGAUUAGAUUACAUAAUUUGGGAUUGUAAGGUCGGUAGAUAGAAAUUAAUGCCAUAUCAUAGUUGAUUUAUCCGAAAAACAAAUGGAAACUAAAUUUCUGUAUGAUUCUUGUAUCACAAUCUAUGUUUUCCUUUAUUGUGUUAUAUAUUGUACAUUUAUUCUCUUAA